AUGUACGAUUUUGCAACCAUUGAUAGCUUCACUCCAGAACUCGCUCUUCGACAUGGUGGUUACAUAACUGCUCAAUUACUGCAUUUAUACAUCGCAUGCUGGUUAGGGCAACAAGUGAUUGAUCAUAGCAGUCGUGUAUACACAUCGAUCUAUCGAGGCGAAUGGUACGAAUCAUCACCGAAAUCCAGAAAACUUCUGAACGUGAUGAUGCUAAGAAGCACUUUACCUUGCACGUUAACUGUUGGUAAAAUCAUGGUUCUUUCUCUUCCGAGCUUCAGUGCGAUUGUACGUGCGUCCGCUUCGUAUUUCACCGUUUUUUAG